AUGGCACCAGCACACGCCGCGGCCACCGGCCCAUCGAUACGCCCAGGCGCGCAAUGGCUCGACACCGCCGGAACGCCGAUCGACGCUCACGGCGCCGGCCUCAUGCUCGACACCGACGGUCGGAUCUGGUGGUACGGCAGCCAGCGCCAGGGCCACCCGUGCAAGCUGUGGAACUGUCGCGACGGCGGUAUCAACGCAUACAGUUCAUCGGACCUCUAUGCGUGGCGCUUCGAAGGCCUCGUCGUGCCAGCGCGCGACUACGUGAUGUGGGUGCGCGGCACGGCGCCGCGGAACGAGCCGCAAGCGCUCGCCGUGCUGCGCGCCGACGCACCGGCGGGCCCGUGGCGGCUCGUGCGACAUUUCCGCCACCUCGGGCCGCGUAAGCUCUACCAGUACGCGGAUGCCACGCUCUUCCAGGACCCGCGCGACGGCGCGACAUACGUCUACUGGCGCACGCAGGUGUACCCGGUGCGCGACCGACGGCUCGGAUUCCACGCGAUGCGGCUGAGUGACGACUGCGCCGACACGGUCGACGGCUCUGACACGCAGAUCUUCGUCAGUGCGCACCACGAGGCGCCUGCGGUCUUCUUUGCGCCACCGUCCGUCGCGCGCAGCGCCGCCGGCAACAACGGCGAUGGCACAUACUACCUCUGGACGGGCGGCACCAACGGCUGGCGGCCGGCGCCGGUCCGACUGCACCGCGCCUCGUCGCCACUCGGCGCUUUCAACGGCUCUGAGCUCGCGCCGCCCAUGCCCGAGCCGCGCAUGCCGGGCAACGCGCCGCCCGCGCAGCCGGGCGCGUGGGCCUUUGGCAGCCAGUGCACGUUCUUCGUCUACGUGGCUGACCGGUGGGACACGCUCAAGGCGCACUUUGGACGAUACGUGUGGCUGCCACUGUACGUCGACCCGCUCGACGCGUCGCGCGUGCUCGUGCGCUGGGCGAGCGAGUGGCGGCUCGACGAGGAGUGCUCGCCUUUCGUCACGCCGCCCGACGGCUCCGACCCGCUGGCUGCGUGUGGUUGGCACAACAGCUCGGUCGUGCGACCCGCAGAAGUGCGGCAAAAAGAAGCGGCGGAGCGCGUCGUCCGGGCGGAACCGAUGAUCGCCCCGCAGUCCCAGCAAAAUUGCGCUUGGCCGCAGUGA